AACAGAUCAACAUGUCGACAAACCGUGCCUCGGCCGCUAACGGCGCGCAGCCUGCGCCUGAGAAGACUUACUUCGAGCAGCAGCGUGAAAUCCUGGUGGGCGAGAUUGCUCAGAGUCUCGAGCUCGUCCUCCAAAACAUGAACAAACUGAACCGCUCCCUCGAAGAAGUCACCCAAGUCGGCGCCGAGUUCGCGCCUGUGGAAUCGCUGUGGAGUCACUUCGAGAACGUCAUGGCCAAAGACCCGAAUGAGAACCAGGAGGGUGCGCAGGAGGGGCAGACUGAGCAUGAGGAAGCCACAGAAGUGACGGAGCAUCAAAAGUGAGAAGAUGCCGCGUUGACUCGAUGACAGAGUCAUGGUGAUACAGCGCCUGCGAGUGCGGACGUGGAGGUCAGGAAGAACUCGAAGGUUGAUGAAGACACUGGGUUGCAAGUGGUUGCUAAGGACGUCCCAACGGUGUCUGAUAGAGCAGAGACACGGAAGAAGUCGCGGGGGCGGAGAAAGAGACGGAUUCGACUUUCAGAUGAGCUUAUGGGACGCGGAGACUCGAUGGAUGAGGUCGACUCUACCGACGAAGCAGCACAACAGACGUCCGGAGAGGAUGAAUGGGAAGAUUGUUAGAGAAGCAGAAGGUCUGGGUGUGGGGGUCGAUCGCUAAUAUCAUCAGCUUCGCACAAAGCUGAACGGGGAAAGCUGCGUUGUGGCCAACAGCAGUUGGCCGCUGUGUUUGAUAUGGAUAGACCAGGGUCGAGCAAUGUGAUGUGUACACGAGCCUAGGAUCAC